AUGACGUUACGUGAUGGAUUUUCGAUUGACUUGAUUCAAUUCCGGGCAGAUAAUAAUCCCAUCACGGAAGUCGAGCACGGAUUCUUCGAGAACUUUAAGAACUUAUGGCAUUUUUCUUGUAACAACUGCAACCUGGGCCCGACUCUGUUCAAUGGGACGUUGGAGUUCCACAGUGAAGCCUUGCGAUAUGUGUCUCUUGGAGGUAACAACAUUUCAAGCUUGGAAUCCCAUGCCAUCACAGGUUUCACGGCAGAGACCAGAAUCGAGUUAUGGGGCAACGAAAUCAGAAACUUCACUAAGGAGUUCUUCGUACUCAUGUUAGAGAACCUCUCAGCGGGGGAAGGGUACAUCGACCUGUACGAAAAUCUCAGCAGUUCAAGCUCCACGUAUUAUGCAACUCCUCUUCGAGCUCAACAAAUCAGGCGUACGCGCAUGGAGACCUUUCAGCGUUGA